UAACCGAAAACUGAAUCAGAAACAGUAAUUUUAGUUCUUAAUUUAAGUUAGUUAUCAGAUUUUCAUAAUUGUUUUUUUCUAUCUCCUAAAUGGAAACAGUUAGUUUUAUUUUAAUCGAUUAGAUAUUACAUCCUUAAUAAUCAUUUAUGUUAAACUAAAGCACAGAUUAUAAUAUAAUACUAUUCUUUGACAGAGAAUAUAUAAAUGUCAAGUCAAGGCAAAUGUCAAAUUAGUUAUUGAGUGCUUUGUGCGUUGUGUUUUGGUAUAAAGAAAAGCCCUUUUCAUUUAUUCCUUUCGUUUUUUUUUUGUAUCUUUGCAAGGUCUGUGUGGGAAAGAUUAUAAUUUCAUAAAUUUUCACAUAUUUAAAUAGCCGUUACUAGUUGAAUUUUUAUUGUACAGAUUCUUAAAAUUAUUUGCAACUUGUGUUCUUGUAUUUGUGGGCGUAAACGACAACAAAUGCAUUUUCACUAAAAAAAACACAAAAGAACGAAGCUAAAACAUAAGUAAUUGUUGCAAAGUUUCAGUUUUAAAGAAGGUCCUUAAAUUUUUUAGAUAUUUCAAUGGUUAGUGAAUUUUGUAUCUUCUUACAGCUUUGAAAUUAACUCGAUCUUAUUUGAAAUUUUAGCAUGGAUAAUCCUGAACCAAACGAAAGUGAUACUGCAAAUAUGCUGCCACCAACAUCAUGGUGUCAUCCUGCCAAUAAAGUGCAUAGAUUUAUAGCACUACUUUUGAUGUGCUUUCUUUGUUUUGGAUCAUAUUUUUGCUAUGAUACACCAGGAGCAUUAGCAGACAAUUUUAAAGAUGAUGCCCAUUUAAACACAUCACAAUUUGCAUUACUUUAUUCUAUAUACUCCUGGCCUAAUGUCAUACUAUGUUUCAUUGGUGGUUAUUUGGUGGAUAGAUACUUUGGUGUACGAUUGGGUACUGUAAUCUAUAUGGUUAUAGUAUUUGUUGGAGCUAUAGUAUUUGCCCUUGGAGCUUACAUAAAUGCGUUUUGGUUAAUGAUACUUGGCAGAUUUAUAUUUGGAAUUGGUGGGGAAUCUUUGCAAGUUGCAGUAAAUAGUUAUGUGGUGCUUUGGUUCAAAGGAAAGGAACUGAAUAUGGUUUUCGGUCUUCAAUUAUCUUUUUCAAGAUUUGGAAGCACAGUUAAUUUCUGGGUUAUGGAACCUGUCUAUAGAUGGGUUGCAAAUUAUUAUGGUGGCUAUGAACGCUUAGGAGUGACCUUAUUUAUUGCUUCUUUGACUUGCUUGGUAUCACUUAUAUGUGGUCUUCUACUGGGUUGGAUGGAUCACAGAGCAGAGAAAAUCUUGGGACGUCGUGAGGAACAUGCGAAUGAAGAACCAUUCCAUUUGACAGAUAUAUUUCAUUUUAAAUCUACAUUCUGGCUGGUUUCUGUGAUUUGUGUUGCAUAUUAUCUUGCAAUAUUCCCAUUUAUUGCCCUUGGAAAAUUAUUCUUUGAACGUAAAUUCGAUUUCACACCUCAAGACGCUAACAAUGUAAAUUCCAUGGUAUACUUACUUUCUGCAGCUUUAAGUCCAUUCUUUGGUAUUCUUAUUGACAAAACUGGAAGAAAUGUUAUGUGGGUCAUCAUCAGUAUAGUAACCACCAUUGGAGCUCAUGCUAUGUUGGCAUUUACAUUCUGCAACCCUUAUAUUGGAGUGGUAUCACUAGGGAUUUCAUAUUCAUUGCUAGCAAGUGGACUAUGGCCACUAGUAGCAUUGAUUGUGCAAGAAAAUCAACUUGGCACUGCAUAUGGCAUAUGUCAAGCCGUUCAAAACUUUGGUUUAGCUACUGUUUUGAUUUUAGCCGGUAUUAUUGUUGACAAAUAUGGAUAUUUGAUGUUGGAAAUGUUCUUUUUGAGUUGUCUCUUUGUUUCACUUAUUGCUGCUGUAUUAAUUUACAUAAUUGACUCUGCAACUGAUGGUGUGCUAAAUCUGUCACCGAGCAAGAGGGAAUCAAUGAAAAUUUACCCCAGUAGCACUGAAGAAACGGCAAAUCUUUUGGAGAAUGAAGAGAAUCAUGAUUUAGAGGAAACAGAUUCGAGAAGGCCUGAUAAUGUUCAGGAACCUGUUCCACAAAGGGACGUCGCACAACUACAAUCUGAUAGAAUUCGUAGCAGAUACUUAUCACAAAUAUUACCAAACACGAACAUUCCAGAAAGACAGUAAAGCGAAUAGUGACAUUCUGUAUUUAGUGAGUUAUGUAUAUAAGUUAAUCUUUGACUGUGACUAUUAUUAUGUUAGAUUAGGAAUUGACGUACGAAAUUCUUAGGAUAUAUGAAUGAACGGAAAAAUGGGUAAUUGAUAUUGUAUUGCCAGCUGUCGAAAAUUUCACCCAUUGUGAUGAAUGAAUGAAUUAAUGAGUAGUGUAGAUAUAUGUAUAAAAUCAAU